AUGAAGCGGAAGAGGGUAUCCUAUCCCUUUGUGGAGAAUCCUGCCAUGUGUACGGAGAGGAAGGGAAACAAAACUACUCUGUAUGCUUCUUCGAUAUAAGAUGAAUAUUCGCGUUGUCUACUUUGGGUUUAAAUAAAACCCCCCUUUUCGUCUUAAAACUACAGUGUGAAGUUGGAGGAGUUUACAUGCGAUCUUCAUUUGCCGACGGUCCCUAACGGUGUAACGCGUGUCACCGCGGGGGCUCCAGCUGAAACGAGUGCGCUUUAACUCCGGAGAGAAGAUGGCAUUCUUGUCGGAAGGGGGACGUGGACCGUAUUUUUUCCCGCCACGCUGAGACUGGCUCUGUGUUUCGCCGUGUUUUGCGCCUUCGGUUUGUGUUGUGUCUCCCCCGCGAUCGAAAGACGUGGGGAAGAGCAGCAGAACGGGGGGGAGCGAUGGCUGGAGGGCGCGCGCGCUGAUCGCGCUCGCGCGGCGCUCUCUACCGGAGGAUUGCGCUUCGCGGCGAAAUAACUGCAUAGAAUACGAAUACUAAUACUAAUAAUAGUAAUAAUACUCCUGCUGCUACUACUACUAAUAGUAAUGUGGAUUCCUCUUCAGGAAGAGAACGACACGCUGGGUUGUUGUACAACAAAGUUGAAUAACUGACGGGAAGCGGGUCACGUGAGCGAGCGAGCGGACACUUCUUCGGCGCCCGGGGAACCGCUCUCACUUGAGUGGUGGCACUUCUUCUCUAACUCCUUCAAAAGUGGUUUGUCGUACUUGGGAAGUUGGGGGCGGAUGUUCUAGGAGCGCCUUGUAGCGCUGCGUGACCUGGGCUGUGGGAAGAUGGUGGAGAAGAGGAGCACCGUUCACAGGGAGGGUGUGUACCGCUGGUUCUCCCAGCUCAGCUCUGCCCAGAGGGCCGAGUUCCUGUGUGGCCUUCUCGACCUCUGUGUCCCCGUCGAGCUGCGCUUCCUAGGAUCCUGCCUGGAGGACCUGGCUCGGAAGGACUACCACUCCCUGAGGGACGCCGAGAUCAAGGCCAACAAUCCCACCGACCUGGCUGGUCUGACCAACAUCACGGAUGAGGUGGUGCGCAGCAAGCUUCUCGUCUCCCUGGCCCUGCUCAACUCGGACAACAGGGAGGCGGCCGGCGUGCUCUUCCGGACCCUCACGCACAUAGACUCCAUCAUUAACAACUACGGGCUGCAGCUCAACGACGGCCAGACGGGAGACCAGUUCCUCCUGCUGUUCACCAUGGCCUCCAACCACCCGGCCUUCAGCUUCCACCAGAAGCAGGUGCUGAGGCAGCAGCUCGUGCAGGUUCAGGGCAUCCUGCAGGCCACCUGUGGGGAGCAUCGCGCGAGCGGCGGAUCGGGGCCGCUCGCCGUGGCCGCGGCAGCGCCCGCCUACGCGAGCGCCGGCUCCGCCGGCUCGGGCCACGCCGAGCAUCCAUGUGCUCGCAAGGUGCUGCACCAAGAUGAAAAGGCAGAACAAGGAAAUGAAGGGAACAUCCUGGAUGCCCAGCCUCCAGCCUCAGUACAUUGCUAUCAGGACCUUCUGAUCAAGGUGCACACAGGGAAACCCGCUAAAGCCAGAAUUGAAAGGAUAGAGCUGAAGGGUGUGAUACAGAAGAAUGAGAAACCAACUGAGUAUUCAUUUGAGGUCCUGUGGUCUGACUCCAUAGUGUCACUUGUUUCCCGGACUUGUCAGGAGGUCAUGGAGUUUCUUUCCAAGCUUACCCAGCUCUUCCCAGAAGAUGAGAACUUUUCAAGGCCAUCUCCCUCCUCCAGCUUGGAUUCUGCUUUUCAGCCUGACCCCAGGUGCCUUACAAAGCUACCACAGCAUCUACUCAAGCAUGACCAGGUCAGGCAGUUCUUCAGCUCUACUCUGGCUGCCCAGUUCACUCCUAGUGCAAAUUUUGGCUGUCCGCUACAAUAUCGAGGAGCAAGCGGUUUACCUAGGCCAGUCUGUGGAGUGGCCAGCAUCCAACCAGUCAUCAGUACUCAGUGCUCUAUCCAGCCCCACUCGGCCACCUCCUUCCCAUCUUCUGGAGGUGUCCCAGCAAUUGGGGAUUGCACAACCCCGUUAAACCCUCCUCCUUUAAAUCCUGCCCCCCAACCCAGCUCAGAGCAAAAUGGCAUCCUGGAUUGGCUGCGCAAGCUGCGCCUGCACAAGUACUAUCCUGUGUUCAAGCAGCUAACCAUGGAGAAGUUCCUAGCCCUCACAGAGGAGGACCUCAACAAAUAUGACCUUACUCAGGGGGCCAAAAAAAAGCUGAAAACCCAGCUGGAACUGCAAAAUCGGGAGAAGUCAGAGAAGAGGUACGUGGUGUCACAGUUUCCUGUGUCAUGCGGCGGAGUUGCCAGAGUCACGCCAUCAAACCAUGCUGACCCAAUGGCUCCUAUUCACGCUGUCAGAAACGCAGAACUGCGAGUGGAUGUAGAAGGUAGCUCCCACACCCACCCUCGGGACAGCGGCUCUUCCUCGGGUUACUCAAGCUCCCCUUCCAGUCCUAUGGCACCACGUGAUGAAUCCUUCGAGAGGGUGAAGGACCCGCGUCGACGUGUAGAGCUGGGUUCCGAAUCAGGUGAUCGGGACCGGUCUUGUGUGACCCUAAAUAACAUGGUACCGACUGGAUCCUGUCGGCCCACUGCACAGGUUCUCCCAGUCCAGAAUGACCCCUCAUCUUCCCUGUCUCCCUAUCACCUACCGCCCCCUGUUCUGCCCCUUCUCUCCCCGGGACGUAUUCUUGGUGGCCCCCGCAAGACCCGCCCACCUCCUCCACCCCCUCCCAGCCUGUCUGCUCUCUGUUCAGAUGACCGCACCAAACCCCUGUGUUCGGGUGUGGCUGUUGGGGUGCAGCUGGAGAAUCGCUUUCCUGGCUUGAGCCUGGAGAUGCCACCUGCCCUCCUGCAGGAUGCUUCAAGCUCUGCCUCAAGCUCCGCCUUACAAGGGUCGAUUACGGCCCUUCGGUCACCCCCGGGUCUCAUGGUAGAGACAAGCACAGCACCGACGGCCACCUCAAACACCUUGCAUCAUGUCUCCCGGCCUCCUCUGCAGCCACAGUUGUCCCCUUCUCUCCCCCCUGCAUCCCCACAUCGUGUGGGACACUUCUCGUCCUCCUGGUCAACCUUCCCUCCAGUGAGCUCUGUUCCCAUGGCAACGUUGCCUGAAAACACUUAUUGUGUGAAAAGCACCUCUGUGGCCCCACCCCUUUCCAGCCUCAGCGUCAUCGCAGGACACAACACAGCCCCUGCAAGUUCCAGCCCUGUCUCAACAGAGACAGGCCUGGGUGGAGUGAGCACACAGCCCUCAGUGUGCGUCUGCAGUUCCUGUGGGUGUAGUGGCAACUGUGGCUCCUAUACUGGCCUGCCGGCUAACUAUGCUGGGUACUUCCAGCACCCAUUUUCUGGCCCCUCUGUCUUCACGCUUGGACCCUUGCUGCACCUGAGCCCACUGAUGACUGGGCCACAUCCCCAGCAGCACAGCGUCACGGCCUCACCCUUUUCAUACCCUCUUGCUGCUCCACCUCUCUACAGCAGCAGCCUCCCCCAUGAGACUCAGCCUGGUCUCAUCCUGCCACCAAUGCAGGGUUACCUGGGGACUGGGGCUGGUAUCUAUCAAACCCAAGGCAUGAUGGGAAACGGAGGUACAGAGCACAAGAAGGCAGGGAAUGUGUCUUGCUACAACUGUGGUGUGAGUGGACAUUGGGCCCAGGACUGCAAGCAGCCACCCAUGGACUCCACACAGCAAGGGACUUUUCGGCUGAAAUAUGCUCCCCCGUCAGACAGUCAGGAUUCAGCGGACUGAUGACUUGGAUAUGACCGACGCUUUCUUUGUCUAAUCCCACCCUGCUGUGGUGUUGGCUAAGAACAACGGGACGUCUCAAGGUGCACCUGGAGACUGGACGGGCUACAUAUUGCUAAGGACGUUGGAUUACUUGAUAAGCUGUCACAGCUCAAGAAAAAGAUGGGAGGAGGAUAUCAAGUGAAGAUGUACUAAGGAAGGCAUGCGAGAAUAUGCGUGUGCCAAGGCCUGCCCUUUUAAGUUAACAUCAUCAGGGUGACUUCAAGGGCUGUACUGCACUAUUUUGACAUAGUGGAACAUUCACUUUGAGUAGUUUUAUGGUUCAUGAGUUCAUCUACCUCCUUUUUGUUGUAUGUGAAUGGGUAAUAUGUAAAUAGAACAGAGCAGGACGGAACUACGGUACAUGUACGGAAUAUCUUUGGGGCUCUUUUGCCUGCCCGAGUCUUGUCAUUUGAAUUUGGCCAAUUUAGUCAUCAGUCUAAUGCUUUUGGGAGCAGUACAAGGCAAACAGCUGUCUGUUACUGAUCAGGUGUUGAGCAGUUAGUCAUUAUUAAUGAGGCUCAUUGAGCACAGGAGUUCCCGUCAACCUGUCGUCCUUUGUCUAAAUGUGUGGAGUCCAGUUUCAGAAUGAAAACCAGAGAACGAACCAGGAAAACAGGCAAUAAUAGACCUUAAAGAUCUCAUUAGAGCCAUGCUGCAGGCAAUUGGCAUGCAAAGUGCAAAGAAGCUAGGUGUAGUAUGUAGCUGAACUGUCAGGGCUUAGCCUCUUAUGUGUCACGUCUCUUUUGUCUUCAAUCAAAGCAGCAAGGCUGAGCUGUCUGACUGCUCCCAGGACCUGGUGCUGCCUUUUUAGGUACAUUUUAAAUGGCUAGCUUUGUUAGCUAAUUCACCAGUGAUAUCUAAAAUUUGAAAUGGCUCUAUGACUGGCCGUAUAUAAGACCAUUCUCUUUUCUUUUACUUGAAGGAACACUUAAGAUUAUUUGGCAAAAAACCUCUGGAUUAGAAAUAUUAGUAGAUGCAAUCUAACGCUCAUUUGUACAUGAUGUGUAUGGCUUCACUUAAAAUGAAGCUUUCCCAUUGGUUAAUUUCAGGAGUCGGUAACACUUUAGACCAUGUGGAAGUCGGAAGUGUCGGAAGUGUCAUCACGGAAUGUAGAUGAAAAAGAGCAAAGAUAUCAGCCCUGUGAGCCCUGUUUUGCCUCUUUGAGCAUAUAGACUAGCGAACUGACAACUGCAAUAGGAGCUCUUCUCUAGCAGGGAAUGAAUAAAGCGCAGAGAAAGGACACAGGAAGGAUCGGCUGUAUUCGCUUUUCCCAGCCAAAUUAGGAAGAUGGUAUGUUUAACUGAUCUUUAAGACCUCAGAUCCAGGCUGGGGCUCAAAUGGUUAAGGGUCUGUGAGAUCAGUCUGACUUAGUUCAUUCUUCACACCUCUCAGGUUGUACUUCAACAUCUGUAGAUAGUGCUGUUGCAGCACCUUUGAUAGUUGCUGCAGAAUUUUGAGGAAUGUCUGCCAAUAAAAAUUUCUUUAAUUUUUACAGGCUUGCAAAGAAAGAAAUACUGAAGCAAACACUGCCAUUCACAUGUCAUUCAAACUUAUGAAGUCUUGUAGCUGUGCAUCUGGAGAGAAAUGAAAGUGGACACUGCAGUGAUUUCAAAUGUAGAAUAUGUUCAUAUGUUUUUAUGUAUAAAUGGAUGGAAGGGUGAUGUGGGAGAUGUAAUAUGCUGGAUUCUGACUCUUGUUCCUGGUGGACACUUGAAUUUUAUGGUACUGGAAGCUGGUGAGAGAUGAGUGUCACUGGGAUACAAGUAGUACCUGUGCAGAGAGGAUUCCUUUACUCUUCCACAAACAAUUCAGAUGUCUCUGCUCUGUCCAGCAGAUUUUACCGUCAGGGAUACAGAACCUCAAUUCUGUGUCAGCACUUGUAUAUUUAAGCAAUGCAUGUUGUCAUAUUUUUGCUUUUAAGAAAAGUAUUUGUAGCCAUUU